UUCAGUCACCAUGUACGAUGCGGCGAGGGUGCCGUCUCCUAAGGAUGGCGCAAACGGGAUGGCCCAGCCCGCGGUCCCCGGGCCGGGAGCGGCUGCAGGAUCAGGUGGGCCGACGCCGACCGCAGUGCUACAGGCUAAAAGUGAGGAGGGGCAGCCAGCUACGGAGGAAGAGGAGGAGGAGGAAGAGGAACAGGAGCCCAGAGCAGAGCCAGUGCUGGUGAAAAAGCCACACAGGGAGAUUCUGGACCAUGAGAGGAAGAGGAGGGUGGAGCUGAAAUGUAUGGAGCUGCAGGAGAUGAUGGAGGAGCAGGGGUACACAGAAGAAGAGAUUCGACAGAAAGUGAGCACAUUCAGACAAAUGCUGAUGGACAAGGAGGGCGUCAUCACCAGAGAGGGCCCGCACACGCAGCCAGUGGUAAACCACCUGCACUAUCAGCCUGACGAGUAUGACGGGAACCCUGAGUUGGUUGGCUACGAAGAUGGAGACUACGGCCAUGACUACCACAGCGACAGCCGAGUGAAGAGGAAAUUGAGCAGCUCUCCAUCCCCUCGUCCGAAGAAAAGGAAGAAGAAGAAAUCCGGCCGCCGAAGGAGCCGGUUUGGCAGCUCCUCGCCCACUCACAGAGAGAAGAAGAAAAAGAGUGGGAAGAAACACAAGCGAGACAGAUCUGCAUCUGGCUCCAGGAAAAAGAGGAGACACAGAUCGGGCAGCCCAAAGAACAAACACAAAGACAAGAACAAACAGAAAAAGAGGUCCCCCGGUGAGACCCCCAGUAGGAGUUCUCAGCGUCAAGGCAGCUGCUGUAGCUCCCGUAGCGCCUCCCUGUCCUCCACGCGGAGCACCUCCAAAUCUCCCGGCAGACUGAACUCCAAGCACAAGACGGACGAGCAAAAGGCGUCCGCCGCCUCGCCGGCCCCGGGCCCCAACGCUCCCGCCGCGUGGCACAACGGGGACCACAGCCAGCGGAGCCGCAACGGCAAGGCCGGCAGACUCGACCACGGCGAGGGCGAGAAGGGGCACGAUAAGCUCCGUCUGCUGACCGCCAGCUCUGCAAGCAUCCAGUCCUCUCUGCUGAGAGAGCACAAGCUCCACAGCGCCACCAGCAGGAGCCAAACGGGACCGACGUGCGCAGCAGGAGAGGCUGGGAGUGUGGAUGGCAGGACCACAGCUGUGGGGGGCUGCGUAACCCCGGCGACGGGGAGGAGAGGGAGCCAGAGAGGCCAGAAUAAGACCUCCCGCUCCCCGGCUCACAGCAGCGACUCGGCCCACUCGCAGCACAACCACACUCACCGGGGGAGGAACUCUCGCCGCCACAGAAAGACAAAAGGCGGCCACUCUUCCAGGCGUCACCACCGCUCCAGUCGGGGUCAGGCACACCACCGGAGCCCGUCGGCAUCUCCGGGACGCCACCCGCACACGUCGGGCAAGAAGAAAGAGGAGUCCCGGAGCAAACCCAACCUCCGGCAGCGCAGCAGCUCCUGGAGCAGCGGGCGCUCGUCCUCGCGCUCCGCCUCCAGGGACCGAGGCCCCAGCAAGGCCAAGUCCCCCCACAACAGACAGAACAACUCCAGAGAGAGAGACAGCCCGAACCGGUCCGACACCGACAGCCGAGCCCGCCGCCGCUCACGCAGCUACUCGCCCAUUCGCAAGAGGAGGAGAGAUUCGCCCAGCUUCAUGGAGGCUCGCAGGAUCACCAGUGCUCGGAAGCGGCCGAUCCCGUACUACCGGCCCAGUCCUUCGUCGUCCAGCUACGACAGCAGCCCGUCGCGGUCCAGCCGCAGCGAAAGCAGCUACAGCCGGAGCCGGAGCCACAGCCGGAGCCACAGCCGGAGUCACAGCAGAAGCCGGAGCCGCAGCUUGAGCCGGAGCCGGAGCCGCAGCCGCAGCUGGAGCCGCAGCAAGAGUCGCUCCCGCAGCCACCACAGCUACUACAGCCGCAGCAGCUACGACAGUCCCGGCUUCUGA